AGAGCUUGAGAGGACGUGGCGGUCGUUGUUAUUUCUUUCUAAAUUACGUCCCCCAGCUCAGGAAGAGAAAUAUACACGGAAAUCUGAUGGGGGAUUACGGUCUAGGAUUGAACUCCAACGCCAGAGCUCUCUCGCCGGUCGAUUUCAACCAGCUAAGUAACAAUCAGUCUUUGUUUUCGCCGGAAAUUUUACCACCACACACUGCAAGUACAAUGCAAGAUGAAACGCUGUGUGCUGUGAAACAGAAACAGCCUUCUCCACAACCUCAGCAGCACCAACCUAACCUGCAGCUGAGCCCUAAUUUAGGUGAUCCGAAUUCUUCACAGGAUCCCGAUGAGGCUUUCAGGAAGGGGAAGGUUGAAGGAUCAAGCCCAGCACCCGAGGAUAGGAAGAAUCACGAUGGGAUUGUGUCCUCGCCCUUGGACCUGGGUCUCUCAGACCCCGGGAAUAAUUCGAUGGGGAUGAAUUCUCUGGCUUCGGGACCAAACUUCUGGUCCACUGGAACUGCAGAUGAUACGUUUAUUCAGGGUUUUCCUGCAAUGAAUGGGCAUGGGACUGUUACGUUCCAGAAUUUUCCCCCUGCUGCAAAUCCCCUGUUUAAUACGAACCCUACGCCACAGCUGCAGAGUAGCAUGAGCAACUUCGGUCCACAACAGCACCAGCAGUCAGCCCAGCACUCUCACCAGUCACAGCAACAGAGACGGGCCAUUACUGGACAGCAUAAUUUCCAACAACUACAGCAACAGCAGAGACAACAACAGUCAAACUUAUUUUACAACAGCACCAAAACCUAUCCGACUUGGAGUAGCGCCCCUCAGCAGUCAUCGUGGUCAUCUUCACACCAAAAUCAGACCACAAUAAACCCAUGGGGAAGUAUCCAACAACAGCGCCGACCAGGGUCUGUGCCAAAUCAUGUUGGUCCGAUAGGAGCCCAAAUACAGCAGAAGAAAAACAUGAAUUCGUCUGUGUUGAUAUCCCCGUCCAAGUUCCGCAGAAGUACAAGCUUUCCUCAGAGCCAGGUACAACAGCCUGCUAUUGGUACGAAACCAACAUUCGAGCUCACACCAACAGAAGAACAUCGAGAUGGACACAGUAUGCUUGGCAACUUCCCGCAGGAACGUGGUACCUACGAUACUAUGCGUUUCCCAGCGCUUGAGAGCCAUCUGCUGGAUAUCAUGAGAACUACAAACGAUCAUCAUGACCAAUACAAAGUGGCUCAACGAUACCCAUUCCCCAUGCAUGCAUACCAAGUUUACCAUCCAAGCCGAGGCUAUGGGAAGCGUCAAGGAAAAUCUCCAUUUGGUUUUGGCGAUGACAACCAUCUACUGGACGAUGGUGGCCUAGACCAACAAGUGCCAAACAUCAACAGUCCCUCACGAGGAUCACCAAACUCGCAGUCGGGUAUGGAACGGAUAGAACGAUAUUCUAGGAAAGUCUUCGUCGGCGGAUUACCUCCAGAUAUAGAUGAAGAGGAGAUCACAGCUGCAUUCAGAAGAUUCGGACCUCUUGUGGUUGACUGGCCACAUAAAGCAGAGAGCAAAUCUUACUUCCCGCCCAAAGGGUAUUGUUUCUUGUUGUUCCAAGAUGAGAUGUCGGUGCAGGCCCUGAUAGACGCCUGCAUUGUGGACGAUGAGAAGUUGUAUUGGUGUGUCUCUAGUCCUACUAUGAAAGAUAAGCCAGUACAGAUCCGACCUUGGAACCUUAGUGAUUCAGACUUUGUGAUGGAUGGGUCCCAGCCCCUGGACCCUAGAAAGACGAUCUUUGUUGGGGGUGUGCCGAGACCUCUUAGAGCUGUUGAGCUUGCCAUGAUAAUGGACCGUCUUUACGGAGGAGUGUGUUACGCUGGUAUCGACACGGAUCCCGAGCUGAAGUAUCCAAAGGGGGCUGGACGGGUAGCGUUCUCCAACCAGCAGAGUUACAUAGCCGCCAUUAGUGCAAGAUUUGUUCAGCUUCAACAUGGUGAUAUUGACAAGAGGGUUGAAGUGAAACCAUAUGUAUUAGAUGAUCAGAUGUGUGAUGAGUGCCAAGGCUCCCACUGCGGUGGCAAGUUUGCCCCAUUCUUUUGUGCCAACGUGACCUGUCUGCAGUACUACUGUGAGCACUGCUGGGCCCAGAUCCACUCUCGGCCCGGCAGAGAGUUCCACAAGCCUCUAGUCAAGGAAGGAGCUGAUAGGCCAAGGGCAGUGCCGUUUCGUUUCUUCUAAGAUAUGAAAAGUGUGCCCAAGUCUUCACAAUGGGAAAGAAUGGACAUGAUUUGCCCAUGAAGAGGUUCUUCUGUGUUUGAUAGAGGGCGCUUUUAAAGUCUUUACAUGAGGAAAGAGUUGACGUUAGCAUGUGACGUUUCUGUAUUUGUGGAUACCAAAAGUAGAUAACCUAACUUACCCUUCUCAAAAUCACCGCAAAAUGCAUGUUUUUUGGGAUUUCGAGUUGGUGAUUUUCAUUGUCUGUUUUGGCUGAUACCCUUGUAAUGUCAAGUUGUGUGAUGAUAUAGGCAGGAUUGUUGUGGUAUUCCUCUGUACUUCCCGCACUACGCUUCGCAAUCUCUUAUUACGAUAGGUGCAUGAAUUUGGGCUUCAGCAGUUUUCAUGCUCGCCCAAAUUGAAUGUUUUUAGUAUUCUAAAGUCAUGCCGCAGUGCGGGCGGUGGAGGGUUACACCGCCACAAGUCUUCAGAGCGGUUUAGGUUUUGUGAGAUCUAGUCUGUAAAAUAGAGGUUUUUUGUACCUCGACUUUCAUCUUUAAACUCUUGAUAUUAUUGUGCCGUCUUCUGGUAAGACGAUGCAACGAGUUGGGGCAAAUUUUCUCUGUUUUUUCCUAAAGUCUGCUGUCCGUUUAUUAUAGUUUACUAUAUUUCUUUUGUGUGUGAACUACCAUUGUCUAUGUGAUAUUGUUACAUCUUUUUCGAUAUGUGAAUUGUAACUUCAUGCAGAUUUUUAUGCUAAUGAUUCAAGAUUUACCUCAUUCUGAUGUGUGCACUUGAAUAUAUUAUCUUUCCUCAUGUAAAGCAAACACAUCAGAGACAUUCAACUCGAACACGACGUUGAAUUGUUCUUGUCACCUCAAAUGCUUGAAGUUCUACUAUACCUCAAAAAAAUAUAUAUAAAGGCAUGACAUUGUUAGUAUGUGCUAUAAUUCAUUAUUAUAGUAGAUGUGAGUUAGUGAAUGUAUGGUGACAUACAAUGUUAACCCUUAUCAAUAUUGGCCCUGUUGGGACUGAGGUAGGCCUAAACAGGUAAUGAUGCCUGAACAGCUACUUAACAUUUUUCACUCAAAUCAAGAAAUAUCCAGUGUCAUUUGAAAACUUAUUUUAGAAGCUAGGAAACGAUGUCAACUUGAAGCAGUUUCCGAUUUGAUAAAACAUAUUCCAUCAAAUUUUCAAAUAGUUUCAUAGAAAUUGCCACCUCAGUCGUUGUGGGGUCAAAGUAGCCGUCUUGAUGUUCGGUCAGUCCAAAUGUUCAUUUCAUGUCAAGUCUACUUGAGUCUACUGUGCAUUCAGUACAAGCACUGUACAUCAAUGUGCAGGCGGUUCAGGUCAACUUGCUCGAAAUCAACUUCAAUGUCAGGCCAGUGUGUUUGCAGUUCUUCUAGAUGCCAGCAGGAGUCAGUCCGAUGUCAUUGGACUUAGCAUUUCGACAUCAGCUUUAUAAAUAAGUCUUAUGUGUUUGAUCUCAGUUUAACCAAAGAUAAAACAAUAACUAUUAAUCGCAGCAUUUAGAGUUGAUUCGAGGCGUUUUCUGUAAUAAUUAGUCAGUAAUUGUGAUGCACAUAUCUCAUGUAUAGCAUAAAAUGAGACUGGUUGGUGAUGGGGAGGUGGGGUCAGAUGCGGACAGAUAAUUCAGCUUAGUUAUGAUUAAUUAACAUUAAUUAAUGAACUAAUUAAGACGAUGAACACAGUGACAGUUGCAGACCAUGAACUGUCGUGAGGAGGUGUGGACAUUUUUAUAGUUUCUGUACAAUUUCGUACUUUCUACUCCAUUUUCUAGCAUCUUAGAGACAAUCAUUUUGUAACUGACUGUCGAUUCAUAAAAAGGAGGAUUUUCGCCCUCGGGAUGUUACGUACGUACGAUAAAUUAAAGGAAAAACGAUGAGUAUAGUCUAGUCAAGAUACACAUCAACUAACAAGGUGGCGCUAGUAGUGCUAGUCAUACUAGUCACCACUCAUAUGUGCACUAAAUGUAUUUAAAGUGGUCAAUAUUUCAAAUGGUUUUUGUACGUUUUCGGUCUUUGUUUCUUUAAUGUAGUCUAUUUUGUAUUUUUGGAAAGAUUUCUGAUUUUGGACAAAUUGUACCUGGAUCUAGUGUGCCAAGUGUACAUGUGCCAUAAAUGGAUCACACUCUCAUCAACAUUGGUACACACUGUGUGUUUGCCCUAUCGCGUUUCUCGUUAUAACUCUAAUUUAUUGUAAUCUGUCUUAAGUUUCAGUAUGAUACCAAGUUCGCCUUAGCUGGGUCUAUGGAUGGGUGGAUGGGGUCAAUCCUAGGAUCUAGUUACGAGUCGUCGUUGGUUCUAGUUACGAGUUAACUAGUCGUUGGUUCUAGUUAAAAGUUAACUAGUCCUUGGAUCUAGUUACGAGUCGUCAUUGGUUCUAGUUAAAAGUUAACUAGUCCUUGGAUCUAGUUACGAGUCGUCAUUGGUUCUAGUUACGAGUUAACUAGUCAUUGGUUCUAGUUAAAAGUUAACUAGUCCUUGGAUCUAGUUACGAGUCGUCAUUGGUUCUAGUUACAAGUUGACUAGUUGUUGGUUCCAGUUACGAGUUGAUGACAUCUGAAUUUGAUGUAUGUCUCAAUACCUACAUGCAUGAUGUACAGGUUCUUGUAUAAGUUUAACUGAAUAAUGCUUAGCAUUUUCCGCUCUAACUUGUUCGAACAAAGCCUCCCAUUUACUGUCAGAUGAUACAUGUAUCCUUUAGCCUAGCUAAGGUGGAAUAUCUUCACAUGAGUUCUGUAGUUAAUGGUAAUAGUCACCUGUUUGUGAUGUGAGAGUUUAUUUUUUAGCUUGUUUUUCGACCCUCUUGGUGCAAAUAACAGUGUGUGCAAUUUUGUUUUACCGAUUUCAUAGGUAAUUUGUGGUGUUAGGCAUCAUUUUAUAUGACUCUAUUUUUUACUCUUAUUUUUUGCUCAUGUUGAUACUUGUAGUAGGAUGUAGUGUUUGUUGCAUAAUUAUCAUAUUACUGGGUGUUUCUCCUUUCAAUUAAAUAUAAAUAAAAUAAAAUAAACAAAAAAUGGCAAAAAUUUCACUACUAUUUAUAUUAAUCGGUAUAAGUAAUGAAUGGGCAACCUAGUGAUAAACAUAUCGGAGUCAAACUUUGAAUUGGUGAAAAGUGUGAUUGAUUCGAGUAAUAAAAUGUAAGUAUAUAGCAUUGUAACUAUUUUAAUAAACUAAAUUAUUAGGAUAAUUGAUUUUGAAUUGAAUGAAACACAUCUUCGUGUUGAGAAUGUAUAGACUCUAGGGAUAGGGGUAGACAUGAGAGUUAUGUUUCUAUAGUUAAUGGGCCCUUUGUCUUGUCUGUGGGCGACACUACAAGGGGCCCGUGUGAAUUUGCCCCAACCGUUCAGGACAGCAGACUGUGUAACUAUAAAUAUUCCUAUUUUUCAAUUUAGUAUUUAUAAUAGCUAUGAGAGUUUUGAUUCUGUAUAGUCAGAUAGCGUUGUUAUAACAAUGACAGAAUGGGUAAUGUUUAUUUUCUUGUAAAUUAUAAUUAAGCUUUUUGCAAGCUGAUUCAAGUUGGUAACCAGUUUGUGCUUUUUGGACUUUUUUAUCGUCAUUAAAUUUAGAUAUAGCUAAAUAAUAAUCACAAAGUGUACCGGUGUGGUGACCGGGGUCCCAUUGGAAUGAACUGCACCUUGGCUCAGGAGUUGGCUGUCACUGUAGACUUCGAAGCUAGGAUAAGGUCUUGGAUAAACUUGAUGCUUCACUUCAUUGAAGCAGAAAUGCUAUGGAAAGGUACAUGUACAUGUACAUUCACACUCGUUUGCAAGGGGCAGUGUUCAAUUUGGGUCCAAGGUUACCAGACCAGGUGUUGUAUAGCUUCAGAACUUUAUAUGAAAUCCAUGUUACAUUUUCUGCGAUUUGUAAUAUUCCACGUUUUGUAUUUUUCUGAGAGUUACGUAUUUAUAGAUUAAUUGCCCUCUCUUGGUGUUAUAAUCAUCUGUUCAAGAAUCCAUGGACCGAUGGUGGUCUUUCGGGAAUGUCUGCCAUCAACAUACAUCUAAGAUAUUGAAAUCGGAGAUGUAUCUGACCACUCAACCUAACCACUUGGGUUAACCAUAAUUCAAAGAUUUCGGCACCUCUGGGAUAGAUCAUUACAAAUUUUAAAGCAGACGAUUUUACAAAAAAAGAAAACGUUCCUCAUUUUGCUGAAUGAAAACAAAAACUCUUCAAAAAAGAUAUUUGUCACAUGGUUCAUGGAUUUUUUGUCGAUUUCAUAUUUCAAGUGGAGGGCAAGGGGACUUUUCGUCUCGACCAUUUUAAGCUUUACCCGACCUGCUUCUAGCAGCAGUGUUCACCAGUCGACCAUCUCCCACAGGCUGAUUGGGAUAACGUCAACCUUGACAAUAUUGCCACGCAGAGAUAAUUGAUCGUACAGGUUAUGAUUGAUGGGGCUCUGGCGAUCUGUCACGAAGACGCUCGAAUCGAUUGUGGGAAAUGAUCAAUUGGAAACUUUUUAUUGAUAUUUUAUUUCAUUUAAUUUUGGUGCUGUCUAGUUUGUUAGCCUCAUGGUGGACUUGCAGCGUUUUAGCAUUGAGUUUAUGAUUGUGUAUUGAUUAUUAAACAAGCACUUUGAAAUACGACAUUGUACUGCCAUUUUCAUUUCGUAUAUCGUUUGUGGUUUUGAUUCAUGCUUCUGCUUUGGUGACUUCGUUCACGUUGAGAGAUGGUGCCCAGUUGUCUGAUUGAGAUGGGGAGUGUGCAUUCACGCGAGUCAGAUUUGCCCAAAUCGGUAUUACAUUAUUAUUUCCUGAAACAUACUGAUACUAGAGCUCUUCAAACAUGCAUUCUGGUUGUCUUAAAUGUCAGUAAACUGUCGUGGAAACGGGUUACUUUCAACUUCUGUUUUGUUGAUACUACUUCGAGUCAUUAAGAAUGGCACCUCGCACGAUGUGAUGCAGAUUUGGCCAAACUGGCCACGUGAAAAUUGGCGAUUCGGUUUUAUAUUUGUAGGAUAGGAAUGAAUUUUUAUACUUCUGAAGACUGACAGCGCAGUUAGUCUCAGCUUUUUAUUACAUUUUCAUAAACAAUUAAAUGUCAUGUGUUUCCCGAACUUUCAUUCCCCAGUUGAAGCACUUAUGUCGUCAGCAUACCUGGCUUUUAUAUACGGCUGUACCAGCAUAUUGGUAUUUGACUGGAUUUAUAUAUAGAGCACAUCAACACGCCUACGUUGUACAUUUCCACACUCAGUGUAAUUUUUAAGAAUCGUGCCAUUAGAUGGAGAAAUACGCUACCGGUAAUUAAUAUUUAAUACUUCGUAUGAUAUUUUCUAUUGACAAUAACAAGUUUUUGUAUAAAUGGCAGGCAGGGUCCCAUGAAAUCCAACUUUGAUGAAUUUCACAUCUCAAUCAGUCAGCGGGGCGUCUGCUCAGUUUCGUGCUUUAAUUGCAAUACUUAUCAAUAUUCAUCUUCAUUUGUGUACAUUUUGUUUAUUUAAUUUAUCUAAUUUUGAUUAAAACCAAAAAAAUAAAUAAAAGGAGUUAUUCAUAUUAUAAGGAUCACUGAUUACGAUAUCGUAAUCCGUUUGAUAAAAAUUGGGGUGAUGGUAGUUGGUACCCAGUGACAGGGUGAUGCCCUGAUCCUGUGGGGGUUAUCAAAAUGGCUGUGUAAAAUGUUUUUGUGUGACGUUUGAAUAUAUAACUAAGUGCCAGAGCUCAUACCUUGCUUCACACCGGGCAGACUGUAAACCGGGAUGUCAUAGACCUGUCCUGGGAUCUGCAAAUGAGAUAUGUUUUGUCGCCUAGGCAACAGGCUUUGAUGAAUUUGGUCCGAGGGUGGUGUUUCCUAGUGAUAUUGGGCAAACACUGUUUCCCAAGAUGCAUUGUUUGCUUGUUCAGUCGCUGGUACCACUUGACGGCAGGAUUUCCAUGGUAGCAGCUUUAAGUGGCCGACUUCUCAUGUUUGGACGGGUAGGUGGUCACAGCCAAACUGUAUUUCAGUACAGGGUGUCUCAAAAAUGGAAGCAACGCAAAAAUUAUAAGAAAGAAAAAGACUCCUGAUUGGAUAUUGUUUAGAAUUUCAUCUUCAAGUGCAUUUGAGGUACCAAAGAUGAGAAAGAUGUUGUGUUUAUGUGACAUGUUCAUUUUGCCUGUCAUCUUGUGAGGAAGAUUUGUCAAUAAAAGAAUACUAUAUUUCAAAAUUUGUAGCAAGUUUUGUGACACCCUGUAUACACCUUGUACAAUUUUCUAUAGGGUAGCGUUGUAAUAUGUCUUCAAACAGCUACUAGUGUGUGGUUAAUCAACUGGGGGGUUAGAACGGGUCGAAAAUGUGCUUUCAGUGGUCUCAUAUUUGCUAUCCAAAGCCGGUGGAAGGAUGUAAACAUUUUCUAAUCAACUAUUUAUAUUUAUUACGAUACAAAGUUUAAGAAAAAUUGGCGGAUUUGUGAAACAUUUCUGGUUUUUCUAUACCAUCCCGCAGGCUUUAAGACCUACUCUGACCCCCCCUGGUGUAAUGUAUUGUGCAAUAAUGCAUUUAUAUCAAUAUGAAUAUCUAUGGUUAAUGCCCAGCAUUAUAAGUCAACUGUUAAUCUAUUACUAAACUGUUUCAAUUCGUGCCCUCAUAAAUAUUGGACGUGGAUCAAGUGUCAAGUUGUUGUGACUAAUUCCACCACCCUCUUUGUAAACAGAUGCUGUAGUUAUUUUAAUAUUUAAGAGUUUUGCUAAGGAUUUUCAUAACAUAAUUGUAAGUCGUGGACUCUCAAUAUUUUCAUCCGUUUCUUGUAUAAUCACAAUUUUCACUGACGCUUGCGAUCUUGGUCGUUUUAGCAUCGUACACACAUCGUUACCUACAUGUACAUGUACAUUUUCUUCAUACAGUGUAGCACUGUUUUUGAUGUACUAUCAGAAACUACAGUAUUAGCUCUGGUUAUUUAAGAUUUGCAAUAUGAUUUUGGUUGAAAUCAUAAUUAAUAUGCUAUAAGUUUAUUUUGUUUCUAUUAUUUUUGGAGUCAUAAAUUUUUAAGCUUUUCUUAGGGUUUAGAAUACGAUUUUGCUAAGUAUCUGUGCAUUCAUGUGGACCCUGGCUAUCAACCCUCGACACUUCUGCCCCAGAGUCACGAGUCCUGUUCAGAUGUUAAUGAAAGUGGAACUGAACCAUUUCAAUGACAGCGGGUGGGACUGUGCCACAUCAUUUCUAAGUAUUUCAACCUGUCUGGCAAUAGUUUCUGCAAUUAGAAGCAAACAUUGGAAGUUGGAAAAGCCAAGGUUGGAAAAACAUCACAGACCUAAAAUAGAAUUUCAUUUGAAUCAACCAUCAGCAUUGUCAACUUCAAUUUUGGUUCAUUAGCUUUAUUCACCACCCUCUGUCGUGGAAUGGUCCUUUUGUUUUGGUGGGUUUUAUAUUAUGGUUCUGGUGAUCCCAUCAUCACCCCUCUGUGAAAAUAGUUCCACCCAAUUUACCCUGUGAUGCCCUGAUAAUGGACUAGUCUAUACUUUUGGCAGGAGGGUACGCGGCUUGAUGCCUAGCCAUUUCUGUACAUGCAUGCUAUUGUAAACUUGUGACCAAUUUUCAUACCUUGUGUUUUGUAUAUGGGGAGUUUUCUUAGUUAUUUUUGUUGGACACAGAAUAAUUAUUAUCCAAAGUUUCUAUGUUUUUUAAUAAUAAACAAAAGUCAUUCUUUUUUAGAAUAAAAUUCAUAUGGUCUGCGGUGGCCUUUAUUUUCUAUAAUUUAUUACCAAAUCACUUUCAUGGUUUGUAAUGUCAAGUACCAUAAACAUUAACAUGUACCACUUAACAGUGACUGUGGACACACCUUGUUUCAUUUGCAACAUAAUUAUCUAACAUGCGUUCCCUUGAUGCUGACCUCUUUUCAAACGACAAAUUUCUAGAGAAAUCCGCUAAUUAACCCACAGAAUGUCAUCAUACUAACCUGCUAAAAACUACAGAGGAUUUGUAUCCCACAAUGCUUUGUAAUGCAGUGAUUCGAUGCAAUUCACUAGUAUUUCUAAGUUCAGAAGCCAAAGGUCGAGGUUGCUUGGGCAAGGCCAAGGUCACAAUUUCAAGGUCAUUGGGAAGGUUGAAGUUGACUCAUUACCAUUCUUCUAUGUUGCCGCAUGUUUUUGUUUGAUGAAAUAUCUUACGUGAAUGAUUUCAAAUUUGAAUCAUAGAAUUAUUGUCCUCUUUUGUAGAAUUUUUAUUUUGACUUUUAUAUGAUAGAGCUUUUCCAGCCCUUUUUAGAGAAAAUCCCACUUUGUGAAAUAUUUAUAGUUAAAAUUAUCUAAAAUACUGUGUGUAGUAUGUUGUCUAGAAAAACCAAAGUGUAGAAACAAAUUUAGAAGUUUGUAUUUGAAAAUAUUGUAAAAGAAUUUUGUGGAUUUUAAACCGAUUUUAUAUACGACACUAUCUUCACUGUAAGUUGUUUCAGUGCAUGUUUUGCUUUCAAUUUUAUUUUGAAUUGACGUCACUUUGAUCCAGUUGAGAUGUCCAGAUCUGCUUGUGAUAUCAAUAAUGCAAGAUUACUUAAUUUCGAUGCCCAGAGAUCGCCCUGAGUGAUAAUACCAAGCUUACGUAUAUUGUGUAUGAAUUUCGGGAGCCUCAUCUGAAGUCGAUGAUGUUUUUGAUGGUGCACUCCCCCUAUUGAUCUGCGUCGUAAUGAUCUGUGAUAAUAAUUGGAGUGGGGAGUGCAGCAGCUUUUGAUUCCACCUCCAGUUGGCCCAGAACAUGUAUACAGUUGAUAUGGGACACAAGGUCUUGAUGUAUGCAUGGUCCAGGCACACUUGGGGUGAAAUCGGUUACAAAAACAGAAGCUAUUUUUGUAAAACAGAGCUUAUUUUUGCUGAUGUUAAAAUGCUUUCGAGGAAAAAUCAAAAGUUUUGAAAUUUCCGCGAUGGAGGUUUCUUUCACUGGCAGGGAUGCAUGCUUAAGAUAUGUGGAACUAAUUUCUCUAUUCCUGAUGGUUUGAGGAUUGAGUUAUUUAACGUCAGAUUUGGCUCGCCGAAAUAUAGGCUUGAUUCAAAAACUGUUUUGAUGACAGUGAUAGAGGCUGCAGUGCAAAUGUCACUGAUCGGAUUCUUUAGAAGUUAAAAACCGGAGCAACCAUUGAUUUUUGCUCUGACCUUUGUAAAGUAUAAAUCGAUAAGCUACUAGCAUGAAAACAAUAACAGCAUGUCGCUAACUUUAGCAUGUUUGAAUCGUUUUAAGGUCAGUUGCAACUGGUCUCCUUGUCUUGAUGCAUUCUGAAUCUGACAAUUUGCCAUAUGCCAUGAUAGGUAUAAACUACCCUGGACAUCGGGACUGGAUCAUUUGGCUGAAUUUGACCUUUCGUUUCUGAGCUUUGCUUUAACCUUACCACUACAUCGCCACGUUUGAGAUCAAGAAUCUUAUCCUCGUGGGUGUUCUUGAUAAUUCUCUCGUGAAUGCAGAAGCAUUGUUAUUGAACGAAAUUCAGAAAUAUGAUUUUGCCCUUUGGUCCGACUUUCUCACAGUUGAUCACACCAUCAAGGAUUCACUCUCCACGAAACCACCACAUACAGUGGAUGAUGAGAUUUUCAAAAACUCAAACUCCUUCCUGUGUUGUGUAGAAUUUCAAAUCGAUCAAACUGGCGUGUUUUUUUAAGGUUCAAAGCAACUGUCCUGACCUCUUGGUGACUGAUGGCUGAAACCAUUGCAGAAAUGUUAAUGUAUAGUCUGUAAGAAUUGAUGAUUUUUGAGCUCGUUGACAGUUGACAAUUCAAAAAGUAGGCAAAUGUCCUUUUCAGGGGAAUUGGUCAACACUGCAGUUCAUCUUGCAGGGAUGCAUUCAAUUUGAAAUACGUAUGCUCGGUCUACCACAGAUGCGAUUUCAUUUUUGGGCAAAAUACCAUCAGCCAUUAAGAGGUUUGUGCGGACAUUCAAGGGGAUGACUCAGGGCGCUUGUACAACUGUCUGUGAUCAUAAUCUAUUGAACCACUGCGAUGGUAUCUCGACUUGAAUGGACAAUACGGACAGUCACAUUUCCCAGGACGGAGAUGUUCUCAUGGUCAAAAUUGAAAGUUCACAUUUUUUACUGCGGUACUUGUAUAUUUGACUUUCUGUCUGUUGAUGGAUGCUGCCAGAAUCCCUCAACCAAAACCCCAAUGUCAGCUGGUUCAUAGACAUUCACUUCCCGAUCUCAAUUUCUUGAAGAGUCUAAUUUCAAUAACAAAGAAAUCUCUUCAGCUGCAGAAUGUGUUCAGUGACAUAAAAGUAUCGUUUUCAAAAGUUUCUUACAGUCUGGCAUUCUUUGGUUUGUCUCAUCUCCUUAUCUUUUGCAGCUUUUCAAUAUUACUCCUAAAAUCGCCGAACAUUCUACCAUUUGUGGCUUUAAUGUUUGUUUUCCCCAAGAUAAAAUCCUCGAGUUGUGCACCAUUUGAAUAAAACAGCCGUUAAGAAGUCGUUUAUGAAGUGAUCAAACCAUGAAUGAUUUCCAUCUUAACGUGAUCAAAAACAGCUGCAUGUUAUCACCAGCGGUGUACAUGUAUAUUUGCUCUUCUGGGCGUGAAAAGUACAGCAUUUGAUUCAGCUACUUGAGGCAGAUACCAUUCUUUAAAGUCAAUAAAAACGAAUCCUACAAUGCUGAAUGGUUAGCAGGCUGAUUAGGGGACCCAUUACAUCAAAUGGUAGAUGAUGAAAAAACUAUUUUGGCUUCAGAUUGCCACAAUAAUGUUCAUUUUAAAGUAACUCUGCUUCUUAAGUCCAAGUGAUUUAGUCCAAGGUAUAAAUUAUCAACAUUACUUAGCGAGUCACAGACCUAGUAUUCAAAGUUCCACAUCGUGUUUUAUCUCCCCCCCCCCCCACCCCUGAGUUUUAAUGUUUGGAUUGGUGAGUGAUACAAUUCUGGUAGCAUUUAUCAACAGUCACUCAUUGGCAUUGCACAUUAAGGCAGCACCCUUUUACGUGAUUACUUUCAUUUGGUCCAGGGGCCUGAACUAUUCCCAGAGAGACAAACAGUUUGUCUAGCCCCUGCGAUGCAAUCUGAUGUUUAUUUCUUUGGCCUUCACCAGAGCCAGGCUGAUAACAUACCCCACUACCCCACCCAGCUAAAAAUAGUUGUGGGGUCCAAGUAGCCUGGUAGGAACUCGCGAUUUUGACCAUAAUGUUCAGCUCCUAUCUCACACGCUCAGCGGUGAUAUCAUGACCAGCUUAUUCAAAAUACUGGCACAUUCUUCGGCUACAUAAGAAACUUCAGCGUUUCAUCAACGGAGACAGUUAUUGUAUUCAUCAACACAGGAUACUCGAGAGUCGGUCCAAUUCUUGGCCCUUUUGAUGGGAACUGGAUGGUACGAGUACAUUUUUUUGGUAGAUUGGAGAAUUGGACAGAUAUUUUGAGAGCAGUUUCACACAACUUGCAACAUUAUCAAACUUAGUGGCUGUUUUGUGACAAAUUUGAAGUCUUUAAAGUUCGCACCGUUUAAAAUGUCAUUUAACAGGUAACUUGGUAUCUCUCUGGGUGUUUUAGGCAUUAGAAUAUCUUUUGGGCAUGCUGGUUAUUAUUAUCAAGAAAGUAUAACAUUGUUGUGGUAUAAUUUAAAGUAAAUCUUAAUAAUUGGAUGUCCAAAGUUGGUCGUCAGAGUUGUAGUUUUAACUAUAAAGUCUGUGUCAGCUGAGUUUGUCCGAUUGUAUUUAAACUGUAAAUAUCGGUUCACAUGCUUUUGUUAGAAUGAACUGAAAGGAACAUCCAGAAUAGUGUUUGAUCCCGCCACAUGGGGGUACCACCUGACAGCUGGGGAUGAUGUCAUCAUUGACCUACUCCAUGUGAGUUACCAAGGCAACCACGAGUUCCCAGUUUGAUGAAGGAAAUCGCUGCGUUGCCAGGUCACAUCAUCAAGUUUAUGACAUAAUUCAUAAGCAUUGCAUGCUCUGCUUGCAAUGAAUGUACAGGUUGAUCCAGAAAACAUGCCAUUGAACAUAGAGGUUCUGACUCCUGAUGAUAUACCAGAAGAGCAUGAUCUUAAUAUGGAGAGAAUUGAAUAAGAACAUUGCGACUAACUAAGCUGACACAGAAGACUGAUGUAAUACAUCGAGAGAAUCAGGUCUUAACAUCAGAUUUUACUGUUUGUGUUUGAAAGUUGAGCAUUUAGCGUGUGUAGCCAUGGAUAUAAUCAUAAACUACAGCUAGGCUUACCAAAAAAAUACUAAAUUUUCCUCUUGAUAUAAUGUUCAUGUUGAGUGGCCUGGCGUGUUUCUCUAUAAGCUGUACGCUGUUUGAUGCUGUCAGUUGUAUCGCUGUUCUACCUGGAUGCUUUGUAGGUUGCAUGUAAAGUUUCACAUUCAAGAUGGCACCCGUUUGUAUUAAGCAGGCUAGAUGUUGAGGGGGCAGAGGACAAAAUGCAGACAAGGGCUGCUUGAUGAGGAUUCAAUAAGGCGGUUUCGUGGGUCCUUGAUUUAAUACAAAGCACAGAAGAUAAAAAAAAUUUAAAUUUACUGAAGAUUCAUUGGCGGGUAUGAAGGGAAACCCCAAACAAUCUGCCCCCUAUGUUCUACGUUUAUUCGACCCAUGUUUUCCAACUAGCCCGCGACACCUCUGAUGUCAAUAUACGGUGUUUAAUCUGCACAAUUCCGUAAUUAAGUGAGCAGUUUUUGUUGGGCGUCGUUUUGCAUUUUGGCAAUAGUUCUUUAAGACAUUUCAGUAUAUUCGGACUGUGUAUGCUGUAACUAUAGGAGUGACUCUAGUCGGGUUUACUCUUGCCGUGAGGUCCUUUUUUGUAUAUUUUCUAAUUCAAGAGUUAUUGCAGUGUUUGUGUAAAAAUGUCCCAUUUCAAUAUUCUCUGCAUGCAGCCAUCUUGAAUAAUUAUUUUUUGAUAUUAAUGAUAUGGAUACUAACAUUAUAUUUAAUAGACCAAGUGUAUUUCUUGUAACAUUUGCUUGGGGUUUCAGAGGCUUGCUCUUCUAUAGCUCUGGACUUGGGUAGUCCGAGACUUCUAGGCUGUGGCUGUGCAAAUAUUCUCGAGUGAUGCAGCAUGCUGGCAAUAAGAUCUGCAAACAUGUGUUAGGUUUGACAAUUCGACCAGAGGGAGUCAGUUCUUAAAACAUUGGAAAGGUCAUGAACACAUUCCAUAGUCUUCGAUAGAAAUUUUUUCAACUCGGCCCAACUAUAUUUUUGUACAGGAAUGAAGUUCUGUGUUACCAAUAGCAAACGAUUUUUAGACGUGAUCGUUGUGGUUGUUUCGACUCACAACACACAGCCUUGGAGCACGUUCGAAAUGUUGCUUGGAGCGCGACUCUCUGCUGAAUCAGAUUAUACGGGUAUUUAGAACAUUGUACUGCUCCAUGUAGUUUACGAACGUGACCCCCCACUUCUCCAAAAAUGAUCGUAUCUCUGAGCCUUGCUGGAGAAUGGUCCAAGUAGUUUGAAACAUAACUCGACUUUUUCAAACAUGGCGAUAACCAUCAACCCAGCACAGAUACAUUAAAAUCAUCAGAACACAAGAAUACAAUUAGAAAAACAUGGCAAAUAAAAAAACAAUCCACCAGCCAUAUGAUGUAAUGGGAUGAGGAAACCCAUGACUCACCAAUGAUGCAGUUAGCUGUUCUGUUCUGUGCAUUGCGCUGUGCUGCCUUUUUUCCGCUGAAAUAAUAACUCUUUAGGGAAAUGAUGACAUUGUCCUUAAUGAAAAUAUCACGAGGUCAGUUGGACUUUUAGAAUUGGCUGGGGUUGGAUAUGAUUGCAAGUCUGGUGUUGAGAAUCAAGUUUAGUGCAAUGUUCACAGAUACAUGUCACUGGACUUGGUUAGGGUGCUAUGGGUCACACAGUUUCUGUUGACAUUCAAUUUGUGACUACCAGCACUGAGAUUUUUGCCACCAAUUGGCUUCUGGAUUCUAUAUUUUUGAGUUUCCUCUUACAGUAAAGAAACAUUUGGAGAUGAAGAUGUUAGCAGAUUGUUUGCCUGCUGCUUCGUCCUCGAGAAUAUUUCACGUUUUAGGGCGGAGUUUUGUAGAAUUAUUGACUGCUGGUGAUGUGUCGGCCACCGGGAUAGAUCUGGAUUUUUGAGGCUUCAGACUGUCCGGUGGUGACAUUCAUAUUUACUCUCCUUCCACAAAACUUAUGUCAGGCUUUUGUAAGAUGACAAGACCUUCUGAAAAACUGACCUGCUUUCAACAGUUUGGAAUCUGGUUCACCUGAAGGUGUUCAAAAUGAAUCCCUUGGUGUAUUUUGGAAGUUUGGUCAAAUGCUUCUCCAGUUAUGCUUGGCACGGUUUGUCAGAGUCCGACUAUUUAACCAUUUUCUCUCUAAUGAAUUAGUCUGAAUUCGCUUCUGUGGUGAUCUGUUGUCAUUUCUCACUGUUAGGGUAACUCGCUUAGGAAAAUUAUGAAAAUUCAUAACAUUAGCUUGGUUUUGUCAAAAUGUGGACUUAUGACGUUGUAACGACUCUGACCAACCAAUCAGCAUUUGUCUUCUCAGCGUGACAUAUGUUAUUGUGGAAGGAUUGUAUUUUUUGGCGGGUCUCUGAAAACCUGACACCUUUCCAUGCACAUUUUGUAUUUUUUAGAGUAUACAUGCAAUUCUUGUAUUUAAUAGGCUCACUCAGAUAAUAAAGUCUUUUAUGGUGGAUUUGCAUUUUUAGCCAAA